AUGGUGGCCUACUCUGUAACAUCCACUGGCCCAUGUCCCAGAAUUCUCUGGACCCUCCUUCUCCUGGCUGCCUCCCUGAAUGCCCAUACACAAACCUGGGACAACCCCACAUGCACUGAAUCAGAAGUGUCUGCACCCAGAGGCAACCGCGUGGUGAUGGCCUGUAACAUCUCCAACACCUUCAGAGAUGUCACCAUUGGGCUGACUGCCAAUGGAAAGACCAGUACCAUCUUUAACACAAAGCCUCCAGGAAACUACUUUAAUGAUUCCUGGCAGCUUCAGAUUCAAGGAGGCCAGGCCUACCUGGUGAUCACAGACGUGCAGGACAUUCACGCAGGGCAGUACGUGUGGAGGCUGAAUGGAAACCAGAGACCACCAGACCAGUUCAUCGUCCUGAAUGUUACUGACCCAGACACUGAGGACCAGGAGCCCGAGAGCUUGCAGGUCAUUGCUGAGCCCCCACCUGCAGUGCACACAGAUGUCACCAUUGUCAUGAUCAUCAUCAUCAUCAUCAUUGUCGUGGUCGUCAUCAUAGGAAUCAUUGCAUUUGCCUGGUACAAGCACUAUGGUUCCCGGAAGCACCACAGAUAUGAAGUCCCAGGGCCUGGUCUGAGUCCUGGGUCUCCUCAUAGUCCCUACCUGGCACUGCCCUAA